UGCGAAGUAGUCAUGGUGCUGUGGGAGUCCCCGCGGCAGUGCGGUAGCUGGACACUUUGCGAGGGCUUCUACUGGCUGCUGCUGCUGCCCGUGACGCUGCUUAUCAUAGCCCGCCCGGUGAAACUCGCUGCUUUCCCUACCUCUUUAAGUGACUGCCAAACGCCCACCGGAUGGAACUGCUCCGGUUAUGAUGACAGAGAAAAUGAUCUCUUCCUGUGUGACACCAACACCUGUAAAUUUGAUGGGGAAUGUUUAAGGAUUGGAGACACUGUGACUUGCGUCUGUCAGUUCAAGUGCAACAGUGACUACGUGCCUGUGUGUGGCUCCAAUGGAGAGAGCUACCAGAAUGAGUGCUACCUGAGACAAGCUGCCUGCAAACAGCAGAGUGAGAUACUUGUGGUCUCAGAAGGAUCCUGUGCCACAGAUGCAGGAUCAGGGUCUGGAGAUGGAGGUAAGAGCUGCUCUCUUUCUGUAUUUGGGCAUUUCCGUGUGCUGCUCUGGGCUCUUAUUAUUCCUAAGCAGAUAUCUAUGCGAAACCUAAAUGUUGCAUUUUAA